ACAAAAGGGCAAGCAGAGAAACUGACAGAGGAACCCGCUGGAAUACUAUCGAACUUUCUGACUACAAAGGAGGAGAUGAUGAUGUAGUGAACUUUUUUGAACAUCAGGAUGCUAAUGGGUUCUACAGAGGGGAUUCUGUGGAGCACUGUACUGUACAGCUGACCUUACUUUUAUUUGUCUUAGUCACUUUCAGCCAGCAUGAGUCUGCCAGUGCUUUGCAACGGCAACCGCUCACACAAGGACCACACUGUCCCUCCUAAAAGGGUCCGCUUUCAGGAUCUCGAUGAGUGUGAUGAAUUGAUCAGUAACCCAGAAGACAUGAACACCCUGAACAGGAACGUUCCUGAUUAUGGCCGCCAGACACAUCAGGUGCUACAGGGUACUCCACUGGACCUGAUUGAGACAGGCAAAACCCUCAAAGUCCAAGCGGAACGUCCUCAUCUGGUCAGUUUAGGAAGUGGACGUCUGAGCACAGCCAUCACACUGUUACCCAUACCAGAAGGAAAAACGACACUUGGCAAUGGAAAAACAGACAUCAAUAUCCAGGGUCCAGGAGUGGCGGCAUUGCACUGUUAUAUUGAAAACCAGGCAGGAACCAUUACCCUCUUUCCCUGUGGCAAUCCAUGCUCCAUGGAUGGUCUGGCAGUCACAAAGCCUGUACGACUGUCUCAAGGGUGCAUGCUGUGUUUUGGCCAGACUGCAUUUUUCCGCUUCAACCACCCAGAGGAGGCUCUCAGAAUGAAAAGCAUGAUGCCAGGGGGAAAUGGUGGGCUCAGCAGCAUUUACAGAGGACAUUCAGAGCCACAUGGUGUUCUCAAUGGAAACCACCAGCCUGUGCCUCAUGAAAGGGUUCGUCCAGGCCAUGGCCCUCUGGCCCGCUCUAUAGAGAAGGACCUUCAGGACAUCAUGGAUUCUUUAACUCUGACUGACUCUCAGGCAUCCUCAACUGAGGCUGGAAAACACCCUGAGCACCCCAUUCCACACUCACCUCUUUCCCCCAUGUUCAAUGGUGGUAGCCGCUACGUCCUCUCCUCUCCAGCCAGCCCUGAAACCAUGUCUGUGGGAUCCAGCUAUGAAAAUACCACUCCUUCUUUCUCUCCUAUUUCAUCUCCUUCAAUUGCCAGCAGUCCUGGCACUCGUGUGGACCUUGCAAACUCUUCUUCACACUCAACUUUCCGCCAUCACACAGUCCAGCCCCCAGUUCCUCAGCCACGGCAAUCAGCAGCACGUAUUGGCACUAGCAGCGGGGGACGAAAGGUACAGGAAAGUCCUAGGCUUCCCAGAAAAUCCUUGACAGAUACUCCACCAAGUCACCAAGGCCAAAACCAGGAUGUUCAGGUCAGAGGAGGUCCAGAAGGCUCACAUUCGGUUUUUGGUUUCACUGGAGAUGCCGCCAGGAUCAGGAAUUUCAGUUCUUCUUCCUCCUCAAGUCCUAGAUCAAGUACAGGCUCAACUUUCCAGGAGAGUCCCACAGUUGAUGUUGGAGUUCAGUCUAUCCAGGCCAAUUCACGCUCACUUGUUCCACCAGAGCGUCCCCAGUCCACCCGUCUAGCAAUCGAACCAACUAACAGCACUCCAGUCCGAGAACGUCCCCCUCCCAGUCCCUCGACUCCACGUUAUGUGCUGCAAGGAGUCCCGGUCCUACCCGGAGCCCUACCUGGGGUAUCCCCAACAAUUCGGAGCCAGACAAAAAAGGGUGUACCAGAGAGCCCUCGACAGCAUAGACAAGUCAUAGUAGGAGGAGACGCUCCUGGAAUAAGGGGGCUACGGGCCAGAAGCCCUUCUCCUGUGUCUGCUGUACCAAAUGACCAAACUACUUGCAGUGGGAGGCAAAAAGUGGGUGCCGGAGUUAAUCAAAUCCCAGGUUUGAGUACCCAGGUUGGGAUUUCUCCGCUCAACAGUCCCCGUAGUCAGAGGAAGAACCCCACAGAAACAUGGACCAUUCAACCCAGGGCACGGGAACGUAAGAACAGCAUUUCAGAAAUCAAUGACGAUGAGGACGAACUGCUGGAGUACCAUCGCUGGCAGCGGGAUGAGAGAAUAAAAGAACAAGAAAUGGAGAGACUGGAAAGACAGAGGCUAGAGACCAUUCUGAGCUUGUGUGCCGAGUAUAAUAAAGGGGACCCUGUGGUAGACAUGGAGACAGGGAGGGCAGGCCAGUUCCCUGGGACAGAGGGCCAGCGACCUGGCCCCGACCUGGUGGGUGUGGCAGUCCAGCACUCACAUGCUCACACACAUCGACUGGGUGAGUGUGAUGACGAGAACCAGAAAGAGGAGUGUAGCAGCACUGAGAGUCAGCACCAGGAGCAUGAGGACACUGCCGGAAUGGGGCAGCAGGAGCUGGGUUAUCUAGUGGAGGAGCGGGUCAGGAUUCUGGCUCGAGUAGAGGAGCUAAAAGCUCGGGUCACUGAGCUGGAGCAGCAGCUACAGGAUUCCAGACAAGAGGUUGAAAUGGAACGGGCAUUGCUGCAAGGGGAGAGGAGAGCUGAGUUAGAUCAAGUGGAGGCAGAGUUAGAGAUUAUCAAUCAGAUUCAGCUCAAACUGAGUGAAGUGGAGAAAAAUAUUCAGAGGGAGAAAGAAAAGGGGAGGGCUAAUGUAUCAGCCGAGCGUGACGUCCUGGCCAGGUUGAGGGACGGGUACAGUGAGCUGAAGAGCCAGGUUCACAAAUGCCCCGAGUCUCUGAGGGAGCACUUACAGGAACAGCUUGCUAGGAAGGCUGAGGCUCUGGAGUCUGGCUCAAAGCGCUUUGAGGACCUGGAGUUCCGCCAGCUGGAACGUGAGAGCAGUCUGGAGGAGGAGAAGGAGACAGUCACCCGGCAGCUGCUCCAGGAGAAGGCGGAGUACCAACGCAGCGUGGCCAAGAGGAAGGAGAAAAUGGCUGCCCUUGAGAUUCACGCCAAUCAGCUUGGCAUGCAGGCAGCUAAGGAUUCUGAGCGGAUGGCUAAAGACCGAACCAUUGCCCUGCAAAUGCUGCAUAAGGAGAAGGAGAGACUGACAACAAUGGAAAAGAGAUACCAAUGUUUGACUGGAGGGAAGACUUUCCCCAGUUCCUCUAACACCAUGCAGGAGGACAUUCUGCAUAUCAGCGAAUCUGACCUAUCCAAUGAAGUCCUUAUCCAGCAUCCACCUCUACCUGCUCCCUGCAUCCAAAGCUCCACCUCUCAUUCUUGCCCCAUCAGGCCUCAUGAGGAGUACCUGAGACUUUCAGAUGUAUUUAAGAUGUAUGGUAGUGGUUGUGUCCCACCACAAGCCACCUCUUUUGCCCCUACCACUUCCUGCAUUUCUCUUGCUGUUACACCAGAUACCCCUCGCGAGGAUUAUGUGACAGUUAGUCAGUUGAACCAGCUCUUCGGGAUGCACAAGGUUGAUCACUCCACAACGGCUACUGUCCAAUCAUUCCAAGCUAUUGUAUCUGACCCUGUCCUCUCUAACCACAUGUCACAGUGUGACCCUGCCCAGUCUCUUUCAGCUGAGGCUGAGAGGAACAAGCCUCUGUUGCCCAGGCUGGAUUUAGAGCGCUGGUACCAAGACAUCAUGGCAGUUGGGGAUACUAGCCAUGCUUGUCCUCCCCCUCUUCCAGCUAAGUCUUUCUCCACACGCAGAACCAUGCAGAUGUACAGAUGUAAGCAGGACGGAGCAAAUGGUACGUCCACACAACCCAACGCUGGAAUUGCAGGCAGAAACACUCCAACCAAGAGCCUUCCAGACCUGUCAGCCCCUCAUCUGGAUACAGAGUCCAAGAACCUGGCUCUUGAGGGCAAAGGGCUCCAAACAUGCGAUGACUCCAGAUUUUUCACCACUGAGCUUAAAGCGAGGCUUGAAACGGACCCACAAUGCCACUGGGGGGUGCCGCAGGGCUCUCACUCUCAGUUAAAUGGCCCAUUCACUGCUCCAGCAGCCCCAAUGGUGCACCAUUCCAUCCUGCACCAUCAAGCACCCCCUGCAGGUGGCCAAGCAUAUGACACACUCAGUCUGGAGAGCUCUGACAGCAUGGAGACCAGCAUAUCCACUGGAAACAACUCCACCUGUUCACCUGAAAGUGGUAGCGGCCUGGCUGGGAUGAGGCUGGAGGAAAUGGAGAAGAUGCUGAAGGAGGCUCAACAGGAAAAAGCCAGACUGGUGGAGAGUCGUGAGAGAGAGGCGCAGGCACGAAGGCAGCUGCUGGAGGAGGAAAGGAAGAGGCGAGAGGAGGUGGAGAGGAGGCUGCAGGAAGAGACGGCACAUCGGCAGAGAUUAGUAGAGGAAGAGGUCAAGAUGAGAGAAAAGCAAAGCUCACAGGCUCGUCCAAUGACCCGUUACCUACCCAUCCGAAAGGAGGAGUUCGACCUGCGCUCUCACGUGGAGUCAGCUGGUCACUGCAUAGACACCUGUCCUUAUGUCAUCGUUGCUGAGAAAAUGUGCAAAGGCCACUUGGUGAAGAUGGGUGGCAAAAUCAAAUCAUGGAAGAAGCGCUGGUUCGUCUUUGACCGGUUAAAGAGGACUUUCUCUUACUAUGUCGACAAGCAUGAGACCAAGUUAAAAGGGGUUAUCUACUUCCAGGCCAUAGAGGAAGUUUAUUACGACCACCUUCGCAGUGCCACUAAGAGUCCGAAUCCCUCCCUAACCUUCUGUGUGAAGACGCACGACCGGCUGUACUUCAUGGUGGCCCCGUCCCCAGAGGCCAUGCGAAUAUGGAUGGAUGUCAUAGUAACAGGCGCUGAGGGCUACACACAGUUUAUGACCUGAGGGAAAUCUGAGCGAACACUCAGCUGUGACGGCGUAAGACCGGGCAGGACUUGUCUAACAGGACGUCGGUUCUGCGUGAGGACUGAACUUUCCACUGAUAUUUGAACUUCAGUCAUGCUGCAGCAGCCCACACUGACUGAUGGUUAUCAUCCAGAUCAGAAAUAUUUUGUAUGGAUGCAUAUUACCCAGAAGUGGACGGGGUUCUGUUGUUCUGCGCAGAUAACAAGGUGCUUAAAACAAACCAGUCACCAAGAAAGACUAUUAUACAUCUACAUAUUUUUUUAAAUAUUAUAUUGUUUGUGUAAUAAUAUAUAUUUCAUUACCACUUUGGAACUAUCCAUGGCAACAGUUCCAUGCUAUUACUUUGUUUUGCACACAUUUGGAUUAAUUAAAAAAUGGGAAAACAUAUUGUACUUUUUUAUGCCAAAUAUAUAAAACCAGUUAUGCUUUUUAAGGUCUGUUUAGAGGUUUAAAUGUUGUACUCUGUAUCACUAACAGUGUUAAUAACACUCAAAGUGUAAUAAUUUUUUCCAAAGUAUUUCAUGUACCAGAAAGUUGCAUCAGCUCCUUGUUAUAUAAACCAAUGUGUCAGUUACUGGUAUAACAAAAAAAGAUGCCAUUAAGGGGGAAACAAUGUUAGCUUAAUACAAAUAUUAAUAAGCAUUUGGAUUAUGACAUUCUGUUGGAAGAAAUUGAGUAGCACUCCCAUUUUUGUUCUCUACGACGUAAAAGACAUUUGGACAUGAGUUAUAACUAAUGUGCUAGCUGUUAUCAAUAUUUCUAUGGAGUUUGUCCAAAUUCAAAUUUACAUUAGCUUCUUUAAAAAAUUCAUACUGUUAAAACAAGCAUCAUAUUUCUUGUCGUAUUUCUGUUUUGACACAAUAAUGUCUGGUGGGGACCAUUUUUAUUUGAUGAAGUGUUUGUUAUUAUACCAUGAGACUUGCCAAAGGUUAACUUCAUUAGUCCAGCAUUUUAUUCUGUCAACACAUAAUGCACAGGUACAGUGAUGUGAUCCGUUUGAGUGUAAUGGUUGCGACUGUGUGGCCGUAGGUGCCUUGCAAAAUGUUCUGUCCUUUCAGGGCUGUUAUGCAGUAGUGCUACACUAGUAUUUUAUAAUGUUUUAUUAUUUAUUCAGGUGUCCUGUCUUGCAAGUAUGUCAAAAUAUAAUACAAAUGUGCAUAUAAUAUGCAUACUAAUAUGCUAUUAUAUAAGCUCAGAGCAAUCUCAUUAGCAUUAUAUUUAUACAUGUGCUCACAUAAACAGUGUAUAAACAGAAAUUCCAGUGUAUGUGUAUAUACAGUAUAUAGGCUACAUGUCCCAUUUCCACUCAUUAAUUGUAAUGACAGAGGUGUGUACCAGGCCUAAAUAAAUCGUGUAACAGAG